UUAUGACAUAGCGCUCCAGAGAAGAUGUGAAAGAAAACAGUGCUGAUUUGAGCCCCGUGACAUCAGUCAAUGACAUGCAGGAACACAAGAAAGGGUGCAGCUAUCACUGCCAGAGAUGCAGUAUGUUUAUACCUGUUCUGUUUGUACUGGCGUUGAUUGGUUGGUCGUACUACGCAUUCAUAAUAGCCUAUGGUGGUAGAAUAGAGAAUCUAACAACACGGAUAAUAGUGUCCAUCCUCUAUCACAUAAUAUUGGUACUGUUCCUUUGGAGUUAUUUGAUGGCAAUAUUUACCCGUCCUGGACGUCCUCCUCCUCAGUACUAUCUAACUGAGGAUGAGCAUCUGAAUAUGCGCGCUACAGAUCGCGGCAGGGAGAUUCUACAAACAGUAAGCGCAAGGGUAACCGUGCAGGAGCGUACCAGCACUGGCGCCAUGAGAUACUGUGAUAUUUGUAAAUGUAUCAAACCAGAUAGGGCCCACCACUGCUCAAUGUGCAUGCAGUGCGUAUUAAAGAUGGAUCACCAUUGCCCUUGGGUUGGAAACUGUGUUGGGUUCACCAACUACAAGUACUUUGUCCUCUUCCUCUUCUACACAUGUCUUUACACUUUAUUUAUCACUCUCUGUUGUAUACCAUAUAUAACUAAUGUCUGGAGACAUCGCAGCGAUGACCCGCUGAAUUUCCACGUGUUAAUAAUGUUCCUGAUAAGUUUAGUGUUCUUCCUAACUGUAUUCGGGCUCUUCAGUUUCCACAUUUACCUUCUCCUACACAAUAAAACUACCCUCGAAAGUUCUAGAGCUCCAUGCUUUAGAGGAGGGUUUGCAGACUCAAAACACUACGAUCUCGGUGGGUACGACAACUUCAAACAGAUAUUCGGAGACCAGCCACAGCUUUGGGUUCUUCCUGUCUUUACAGCCAAGGGAAACGGUAGAAUCAUCGAAGAAGAAACAAUGACUUCCGACACAGAACCACCCGCAAAAAAGCUGAAACAAACGGAAGAAAUAAAAUUCAACAUGAGCAGACUAAAGCAACUACACGGAGCAAAGGGCGCUCCAACAAAUGUAACCGGGGUUGCGUACUACAUGCAUAGAGACCAGCGCGUGCAAGACAACUGGGCGAUGAUAUACGCGCAGAGUCUCGCGACGCGCCACAACGCACCUCUCCACGUAGUCACCCUAAUAACUACGAUCCACCCCACUGAACCCGGCGCAACUCUCAGACAUCUCAGGUUCUGUUUUGAUGGUUUGAAGGAGGUUUCAGAGGAACUAGCCGAACUAAACAUUCCAUUCCACUUACUGAUAGGCCAAGGCGCUGGCGACGGGAAGAUUGCGGAGUGGAUGAAACAGUGUGAUGUUAAUUGUCUAAUUACAGAUUUCAGUCCACUCCGACAGCACAGAGGUAUUCUAAAACAACUGACCAGUGCGCUUCCAGACAACACCACAGUGUAUCAGGUAGACGCACACAACAUUGUCCCGGUAGAGGUUACUUCAGAGAAACAGGAAUACGCUGCGCGCACUAUCCGCAAGAAAAUCACAUCUCAGUUAGGAACGUUUCUCACUGAAUUUCCCAAAGUUACACGACAUGCUUUCGGUGAUGCUUCAACAACAACUCGACAUUUUGCUGACAAAACCGGAUUAUCAAAAGAGAUGAAAGAAGACUGGGACUCAGUGUUACAAAGUCUAAAACUGGACUUCUCAGUGAAGCCCAGCGAGUUGUUUCAAGGUGGAACUAAAGCAGGUCUUGCUUGUCUCGAAGCUUUUGUUAAGAAGCGGAUAAAGAUCUACACCGACAAAAGAAACGACCCCACAGAAAAUGCGCUCUCUAAUUUAUCUCCCUGGUUUCACAUGGGGAACCUAUCUGCGCAGCGCGCUGUACUGUACGUUAAGAAACACGCUAGCUCGUACAGCGCUUCCUUUAUAGAAGAGUCAGUUGUGCGCCGGGAACUGUCUGAUAACUUUUGCUUUUACAACCCUCACUACGACAGUGUUAAGGGGGCUAGCAAGUGGGCGCAGGAAACACUGGAGACUCACAAGGAAGAUAAACGAGAGUUUGUGUACACGAGAAAGGAAUUUGAAGAAGCUAAAACCCACGAUAAUCUCUGGAAUGCUGCCCAGAGGCAGUUGGUGAAGGAGGGAAAAAUGCACGGGUUCAUGAGAAUGUACUGGGCCAAGAAGAUACUAGAAUGGACGGAGAGUCCGGAGCAAGCACUGGAAGAAGCACUGUUCCUCAAUGAUCAUUUCUCUCUGGACGGGAAUGAUGCUAAUGGGUUUGUUGGGUGCAUGUGGUCUAUUUGUGGCAUACACGACCAGGGAUGGGGGGAGCGGGCUGUGUUCGGGAAAAUACGGUUCAUGAAUUACAACGGUUGUAAGAGAAAGUUUGAUAUUGAAAAAUACAUUGCCAAGUAUAAUAAUUAUAAAGAGAAGAAAUGAACUUAGCUUUUUGUUAUCUUGUACUUUUGUGCAGUCAUUAAAUGGCAUUAAUAUCCCUUUGUCAUUCAGAUAACUUUGAACAGUUAACAGUAUGCUUGAUGGAGAUUAAUGGCUUUUCUUUACUUGUUGAGAUAAUUGCUUAUUUUUAAUUUACUUAUUCAAUAUUUUGAUGUUUUUUGCAUGACAGUUUAUCAUUAUAAUAUGCAAGUUAAAAGCUUGCCAUAAAAUGUGACAGUGACCCCUUUAUAAUUUUGUAUUUAUUUCCAUCGGAUUGAUUUAUUUAUUCAAUUCUCAUCCUUUAACAAUGAAGCUGUGAGAUAUUUUCACAUAAUAAUAAAAUAUUAAACUAUUAAUACAUUUCAGUUUUCAUUUAAUG